AUGGCCCACUCACAUUUUCCCGCCACGGCCAACGAAAAGGUACCGGCACUCUUCGGAUGUCCAUGUGUAUGGAGCCAUGUGCCGCUGUACGGCGAUGCACAAGAAAAGCGCCGAUAUCACCAUGCGCUGGCUAAGCCGAAUGCCCCCGGCAUUACACGACGUCUGCCCUCUGAAAUUAUCCUCUGCAUUGUGGAUGCACUAUUCGAUUUGUACGCCAAAGAGGUUUCUCUCGGUUAUGAAAAGUAUUGGGAGUCAUCUUGUCUACCAUAUGAGACCGAAAAGAUGUGCCCCUUUUGCAUGCUUCCUCGCUUUGACGUUUGGCGAGACGUUGCAAACUUGGCAGCUUCGUGCCGCGCACUCUACGAACUUAUCACGCCUGUGCUCUAUCGGAGGGAUGCGGAACAGAACCAUUCUUCAGCUCUGCUAAUCUCAGCGAAAAGGGGCAACGUCCGGGCCCUGAAGCUUGCGUUGGAAAACGGCGCAAAUGCAGAUGCGGACGAUCACACAAUGCCGCUGCAAUGGACGAACGAAUGCUUUCGGUAUUGUGAGCAUUGUGAGUACCAGGUUUGGUGGAGGGAGCCACGGAGACUCGACAUGAGUGCACUGCACUGGGCGGCAUUGUGCGGAAGGGAAGAUGUCCUUGAAAUUUUGUUGAACCACAAAGCCGGCGCGGGCCCCAACAAGAGGGCAGUAGUGCAGCCGGGACUGGAUGCAGGGAACUAUGGCUCGCUGCCGUAUGUGGAGGACUAUUGCGACGAAUAUAACGCCAGCUUUCCCUGCCUGGCGCUGCAGACGACGAUGGGCUACAACCCCGUGAGCUCUCACGGAGCUAACGCCCUAUACUUCCUACUAGGAACCGGUCGAAUGCGAGCGCACGAAAAGACCGUGGAUAUGGCGAGGCUUCUUGUUGACGCAGGCUCUUCAUUGACGACACACGAAGCUGCGGAGCUUCAUGCUCUUCAUCAAGCAGCUGCAUACGAUAACGCAGAGCUAGUGCAAUUUCUCCUUUGCCAAAGGAAAGUCGACCCCAAUAUCACGGAUGCUGCCGGAAAUACGCCGUUACACCAUCAUGUCGACUCAAGGUUCAGGGUUGAGGGUGGCGCAAAGGAUACAAAGACGUUAUCACUCCUUCUGAAGGCAAGAGGCAACCUCGCAGCCUCGGAUUUUGCAGCCGCCCCGGCAGUCACGCUCACCGAGCCCGGCGCCUGGAUCCGACCUCCCACGGGGCUGUGGACAUGGCUCGUCAAUCGAGAAAUUGCCCCUUUCAACACACCCGAGUCAUCCUCCCUGCUCUACUUCUUAGGUGGGACAGCACCUUCUCCAAAGAUGUACCGCCCAUCAACCGCCUGGGUUCUAGCUAUACUCACUUUUGUGACUGGCACCUUGACCGAAGAUGCUUCGGCCAACUACACAGAGCAGCUCCUGAGUUCUGGCACGAUCAAGCUAGGAGCUUGGCAAGAUGCCUAUGACAAGGCAUCGGCGCUUGUAUCUACGCUCACGACCAAGAAGAAGAUUUCAAUCGUUGCAGGUGGUGAUGGAGGCAACUGGACCGCGUUACACAACCUUGACUCCGCUACCAACCCUCUUACCUACUUCUACGUCACGACAUGGCCCGCCGGUUUGGCGAUGGCUAUGACAUGGGACACAGCAGCCGCAGAGGGCCAGGGACAUGGCGUUGGUCAGGAAUUCAAGGGAAAGGGUAUCAACAUGGCCUACGGACCUACACUGGAACCUCUCGGACGCUCGGCUUGGUGCGGUCGUUCUGGCGAGACGUACGGCGUGGACAGCUAUCAGGCUGGAAUUAUGGCCGGCGCAGUCGUGAAGGGAAUGUCAUCUGCUGGUGUGACAGCUAGUGCCAAGCACUUUAUCCUCAACGAGCAAGAGACCAAUCGCAUGAGCACUGGCUCUGGUGGUGGCGGCAUGGGAGGAGGCGGAUCUCCUCCUGGUGGAUCGACCAACUCGACUUUGACGGCUCGGCAGACAUCGUCGACAAACACUACAACGAAUGGCACGACAUCCUCCGACGACUCUGGCUCUUACACCAUUACUAUUGGUGACAAGGCAUUCCAUGAGACCUACCUCUGGCCCUUCUACGACACAGUCUACAAUGGUAUGGGUGGUGCCAUGUGUGCCAUGAACAAGGUUAACGGAACAUAUUCGUGCGAGAGCCAAGACCUCCUCGCCAAGUAUCUCAAAGUUGAGCUCGGGUUCCCUGGCAUUGUGUCUGCCGAUGUUAGCGCGCAGAAGACGGGUAUCAACGCCGCAAACGCAGGAAUGGAUCUCGCCUCGAGCAGCUACUGGUCAAACGAGACGCUGGGCGUGGGCCUCACCAACGGCAGCUUCAGCUCUGAAAGACUCGACGACAUGGUGAUUCGCAACAUGAUGGGCUACUUCCACUUGGGGCAGGAUAACGGAUAUCCCAGCCUGGCGGGCGUAACGGACCGCGUUGACAACCGCGGUAACCACAGCGCGAUGGCGAGACAAUACGCUGCCGAGUCUAUUGCCUUACUCAAGAAUACCAAGGGCGCGCUCCCGCUGGUCAACAAGUCGAGCAUCAGCAUCUUCGGUUUCCAUGCUGGCCCCCGAUACGUGGGCGCAAACACCGCUCUUGGCGUCUACGACGGUGAACCUUCGACAAUGCAAGGCCACAUGGCUGUAGUCGGAGGAUCCGCCAUGGGUUCGCUGGCAUAUUUAUCCACGCCGCUUCAGCUCUUCAACGAACGUGCCGCCAAGGAUGGCUUCAUGCUUCGUUGGUGGCUUAACGAUACCUCCGAGACGUCCUUCAGCGGCAUGCAGGGCUCCGGCACCGAGCUCACCGAGUCCACCACUGGAGUGGCUGAGGACUCGGAUGCGUGCAUUGUCUUCCUCAAUGCCUGGGGCGGCGAGGGUGCCGACCGCACGGAGUUGACCAAUGCCGGCCAAGACACGCUCGUGAAUACCGUCGCCGACGUCUGCAACAACACCAUUGUGGUGAUAAACACUGUUGGUCCUCGCUUGGUUGAUGCCUGGGUUGAGCACGAGAACGUCACCGGUGUGUUGUAUGCUGGAGCACUGGGCCAAGAAUCCGGCAACGCAAUUGAUGACGUUCUCUUCGGCGCAGUCAACCCUUCUGGUAGACUCGUCCACACUAUUGCUAAGAAUGAGAGCGACUAUAACCCGGAUACGAUGAUUAGUGAGACGGAGUUGAACUUGGAUUAUUCGGAUGGCAACUACAUCGACUACAAGUACUUUGACCAGUACAACAUCACGCCUCGGUACGACUACGGAUACGGCUUGUCUUAUACCACUUUCGAAUACUCUUCAGAUGUCAUGGUUGAAGCCUCCUCCAAGCUUACCAGCGGAUUCGCGACUGGAGACAAGGCAGUCGGUGGCCGCGAGGAUCUCUGGGAUAUUGUGGCAACUGUCUCGACCAGCAUUACCAACACUGGUUCUCUGCAAGGCGCCGAAGUAGCCCAGAUGUACAUCUCCUUCCCCGAAGCAGCUGGGGAGCCAGUCAGACAGUUGCGUGGGUUUCAGAAGGCUGUGAUCCCUCCUGGAGAGAAAGCUGACGUAGCUUUCCCUCUGAGACGGAGAGAUCUGAGUGUUUGGGAUGUUGUCGGACAAGAGUGGAAGGUUGAAAGCGGAGAGUACGCGAUUUACGUUGGCUCUAGCAGUAGGAACCUCAAGUCUCAGGCUACCUUGAGAGUUGAAUAA